AUGGAAAAUCAAAUCGAACCAAUUUCUCUCAUUCUUUCCGAUUCUCCCUCAUCAACACUUCUCAAACAACAUUUUCACUCACAAACUCGAUCCCUCCUCCAAAGAUACAAUCAAAACCGUAAAUAUCUCAAACAAGUAAAAGACAGUGCUGGUCGAUGUUUAGAAUUCUUUCCCGGAACAAUCAAAUCAAGAGAAUUAGCAAUCUAUGGUCUUUCUCAGUGUGGUAGUUAUUUGAGUAAAUGUUCCGAGGUGUUGAGGAAUGAUGAAUUGGUUGUCUCGAUUGCUGUUCGACAGGAUGGUCUCUCACUCCAAUUUGCCAGUGAUUUAUUGAGGAGUAGGAGGGAGAUUGUUAUGCAAGCUGUUCAACAGAAUGGAAUGGCAUUGAAGUAUGUUGAAAAGAAAUCGGAAAUGUUGAAGGAGAGGGAAAUUGUUAUGAAAGCCAUUCUCACUACUCCGAUGGUGUUGAUGGAAUUUAAUGAAAAGGAUUUGAUUUCUGAUAGGGAAAUGGCAUUGACUCUCAUCAGACAAAAUCCUACAAUAUUCAAAUUUCUGAAUAGUCAAUUAAAAUCAGAGAGGGAUAUACAAUUGGAAAUUCUAUCAUUGGAUGGGAAAUAUUUGGAAUUUUUCAAUGAGGACAUGUUAUUGUGUAGUGAUAGGAAAUUGGCAUUCCUUGCUGCAAGAAAUAGUAAAUUGGCUUAUCCUUUCAUUGAGAAAUCACUGAGGGAUGAAAUUGCUUUGGAAAAGGGUGAUUUGACAUUUGUGGAGAAGGUUUCAAGAAUUCAAAUAGGAGAGUAUGCUCUCCUGACAAGCAAUCAAAUUCCAUGUCAGAUUGAAAGUAUUGAAAAGGAUUAUAGUUCAUCAAAGUGUGGGCCUUCAUUCAAAAUUAAUAUUUCAGGAAGAGCUCUAUUUGCUCAAUUAACUAUUAAUAAUUCAAAUCCAAUACAUAUGACCUAUUUUGCCAGUGUCAGUAAUUUAUCUGCACUGGUGUGCCCUUUCGUUUACAGAAUCAAGUGUCAACUAAUUGGAAUUUCAGAAAAUGAGACCCUUCUAAUGAAUAUAAUUUCAAGUGAUUCAAAUGCAAAGCUCUCACAAUUUCACAAAAAUCUCCUACCUGACUCAAUUAUUAAUUGUUUAACAGACUCAAACACAAUUUUAGAAAUUAUUCAAGUAAUGGGUGAGCAAAAGAUUGUGAGCAUUACUCAAAACAAUAUCACCACAUUACUUUCAUAUCAGUAA